AUGGCAAAUACACCAUGCAAGAUAUUCAUAAACAAUUUACCGACAGAUAUGGAUACCAAUGCAGUAUUUAAAUACUUUUCAAGAUAUGGUGAGAUUCUAAAAGCUUUUGUGAAGUGUGGACCUAAUGGAGUUUCUAGAGGUCAAGCUUUCAUUACAUUUAAAAAGAAAUCUUGUGCACAGGAUGCAAUAGAAGAUUUAAAUGGUGCAAAUUUCGAAGGAAAAAUCCUCAAAGUUGCCGAAGCAUUCACUCAAACCGAUUAUGUUAAGGAUCCAAGAGUUAAAGGUAAACUUCCACCGUUUGAACUUGCUCCUGAUAUUAUGAUAACUCCAGAAAUUAGUCAAUACAAGAAUAUGUUAGAACAACUUAAGCAAACUAUUAUUCUCGCAUCCCAAAUGUAG